AUCGGCAACUCGGUGUGACCUACACAGUGCUCUAGAAUGCCCUCGCAGGAAAACUCCGGACACCGCCAAGUGAUAACCCGAGCCAAACAGGCCUGUCUCCACUGCAACAAACGCCGCAUCCGCUGCAAUGUCCUGCAGGUGCGGCCCUGCCAGAACUGUGCGGCGCUGAAUAUACCGUGUGAGAUAGGCGUCUCCAAGCGAGGAAAGUACCCUCGUAAGAAGACAGCUGCCCGUCGUGGCGCAUCAAAGGACGGGCUCUCAGAACAGUUGACAUUGGAAUCGUCGGCUUCGUCUGGGUGUGGAGUAGCUACUCAAGCAGAUGACCAUUUGACUCCGUCGUCAACAUGUUCCCCCGUGCCACAGCGGCUUCUUCAGCCGGGUAAACAUGCUUUUACUCAACCCCAACAACUGAUCUCCGAGGAUCUCAGCGACUCCCAUCAAAUAGUGUUCUUUGGCGAAUCAAGUCCGCUAACGGUAGUCAUCGACGAAGGACGGCACUCCCCUGAAAAAGGAAUCGGGGAAAUGCACCGGACUCGUCUCCACUAUCCUAUUCCAGACAGAUUGGCUGUCAAUAUGCCCGAUGAAGGCCUCCGCGCGCACAAGAUAAAGCAGGAGGAGCAGCUGAGAUUGGAUGGGGCUUUCUCAUACCCACCAAAUGACACAUGCGAGACUCUUCUACAAGCCUACUUUGACUGGUUCCACCCGUGCUUCCCAAUUCUGAAUCGAACGGCUGUGCAUCAGGCCUAUGGCCAGGGAGGUUUGUCACCACUUCUUCUCCAGGCCAUGCUCUUCAUCGGAGUCAGCCUGUGCACGGAUGAGGCGUUUGCCCGGACAGAGUUCUCCGUUCGGUACUGGGCCAAGUUCCUGUUCUACAAUCGAGCCAAGGCGCUCUAUGAUGCUGACUGGGAGUCCAACAAGACUGUCAAGGUGCAGUCGCUGUUCCUAUUGAGCUUUUGGCGAGGAGGACCAUCUGAGGAACGGGAUUUGCGCUUUUGGCUUGGCAGUGCCAUCAGCUUGGCGCAGAAGCGUGGGAUGCAUUUGAUGACGAAAUUCUCCUUUCAUUCCCCACGGGAAGAAGGGCUGUGGAAGCGAAUAUGGUGGGCUCUUUAUACCCGAGAUCAGCAAAGUGCCGCAGGACUCGGUCUGCCGCCGCGCAUUCGGGACGAAGACUGUGAUGUCGCUAUGUUAAGUCCUGCUGAUAUUCGAGAGGCCGAGAGUGAUUCGAAUUUGCCGGGAGAGCAGUCUAUGGGGGAUCUCACCUAUCCGAUAGAAAUGGCCAAGUUGGCUAAAAUAUUGCGCUACCUGGUGGUUACACUAUACUCGCCUACCGAAACUGCCUCUGAUAGUACAUCACGAGCUGCUUUGCAUCAACAACUAGUAGAUUGGGAAUCCAGUAUCCCUUCAGAGCUGCGACUGGGGAAUGCAAGCACCCCGAGGGAGAAAUUCCUAGCCGGACUGUUGCACAUGACGUAUUACAACCUGUACAUCUUGUUAUAUCGGCCUUCCUUCCUGCAUCCUCCGGACGGAGGCCUGGACAGCCAGGGUCAGAUCGCCCUGGAUGCCGCCAUCAAGAGCACCCGAAUCUUGGAAGACCUACUCUCGCACAACCUAGUUCAACAUGGUCCUCCUCAUCUAAUCACCCAUUCUUUUUCAACCCUCUGCAUCCACACCAUCCACUUCCGUCGAUCGUCCGGGACAUGUCGCAAGUUAGCCGAACAUCGCGCCCGACUCUGUCUUCUGAGCCUGCAAGAGCUGCAGAAAUCCUGGGACCUGGAGAACUGGGUAUUGAAUCUGUUCUUCCGGUGCUUGGACGACAACACCGCCCGCUCUCUCCGAAUAACAGAUAUCAUUCCAGUGCCGCAACUGCAGGCAGAGAUCCACAGUCCUGUGGCCAAUCCAGGGCCAUCCGAUCCUGCUAUUAAUGUUAUUUCCGAGGCUGGGCAGACGCCUAUUCCUCAACCGGGUUUUCCCCACUCUUUCACGGCAGACCUCGGCGUGGCCAGUGAUUAUUACGGCUGGUUCAAUGUCAGUGAAGACUAUACCGACUUGCUCGGAGUUCCUCCGCAAGACACAUCGCUCAAUCUGCAGAAUUUGGAGUUUCUCUACCGAUUUUUGUAACUGCAUCUGUGGCUGCUUUGGAUCCACUUGUUGAGCUAAAGAUAACGUGAUGGCGCUAAGGAUGCCAAUCCCUGCUGGUCCCUGCUGCU